AUGGAGGCUGAAAUCUGGCAAUACUCUCUUCCCGUGGAUGCAGACUUCGCGCGAUCCAAGGGCUGCAUCACCACCCUCCCGAUUCGCUUAUCCGCCCAUAAUGUUAUUGCAGAUGAAGCCAAUGAGCGCGUCGUGAGAGAUUGGGAUACAUAUCUGGGGGACGGCUUCGCUCAGAAAUAUGGCUACCGGUCGGGCUUCAGUCCUGGCGUGGGUAACUGGUCAAGUUUUAUAUUCCCUGAAUCGUCGCCAGAGCGGCUGGCGAUUGUCGCAUAUCUUGCCGAUAUGGGCUGCAUCCAUGACGAUGUUUGCGAAGAGUUGGAGUAUGAUGAUGCCGUGAAAGAGCACGAGGAUCUCAGCAAUGCACUAGACGUACACAAUUCCGUAACGUCGGCUCAUUUCAAGGCAUCAUCGACCAGAUCCAUGCAGAUGACCAAGUAUAUGUCGCGCUGUCUGCUCGACGCCAUGAAGAUCGACCGUCCGCGCGCUAUCCGCAUGCUCGACAGAUACCGGGCCGAGUGGCUGGACGGGAGCGAGCGCGAGCGCGACACUAUGGACACGGUCGAGACUCUCGAGGAGUACUACCUGCAGCGCGGGCUGAACGGCGGCAUGGGCGCCUUCUGGCAGCUCGUGCAGUUCGGCAUGGGCAUCGACAUCACUAAGGAGGAAGAGACCGAUAUCGCGCCAAUCUACGAGGCUGCGACGCGGGCUCUUCUUCUAAGCAAUGACUACUACAGCUGGGAGCGCGAGUGGUACGAUGCGAAGCUCAAGAGGGACAACAGGAAUCUGUGGAAUGCCAUUUACCUGUUUAUGCGCACGAAAGACAUAAGUAUCGAGGAGGGAAGAAAGCUCCUCGUGAAUAUAAUACAUGAGGAAGAGGCCAAGUAUCUGAAGGUGUGCGAGGCCUUUUACAACGCGCACCCCAAUUGUCGCUUGGACCUUCGGAGGUACAUCAAGGUCAUCGGCUCGAUAACCGCUGGCAAUUCUCUGUGGGCCGCCACUUGUCCGCGGAACUUCGUUGGGCCUUGGUACCCGGGAUCAGAAAAAAAGUUCUUCCAAACCGAACACGGUGCUUUGUUUCGGGAAAAGAAAUUCAUUCUCGACAAGGCAAAGCAGCGCGAAGACCAUCCUAUUGUCAACACAUCAACAUCAAGCAAGGCUCAUAAUGGUGACCAAGAGGAUGAUGGUGAUAGCUUUACAUCUGCUUCUUCAACCAACAUGCCUGAGACGCGAUCGGUCUCCCCAACAAACUCGUCUGCCACGUCAGUCACCUCGGAUGAACCGCGCUUGAAGCCAACGGUAUCAAGCGAUAUUAUUGAGCCACUUUUGCCGCUGCACAGCCCUUCCAAAUACAUCAUGGCGAUGCCUUCCAAAGGCCUUCGCUCGUCCUUCACAGGCGCAGUCAAUCAAUGGACAAAAGUCGACAACUGCAUCAUGGAGUCGAUCUCUGAAAUCAUUAACAUCCUGCACAACUCUUCGCUCAUCCUGGACGACAUUGAAGACAAUUCGCAACUUCGCCGUGGUCUGCCCGCUACGCAUGUCGUCUUCGGGUGCGGUCAGUCCAUCAAUACGGCCAACUACAUGUUCGUGCAUGCUGUGCGGCUGGCGAGGAAACUGCCCCACCCUUCGUCGGCAGACGUCCUUCUAGAGGAGUUGACGCGCAUCUUCAUUGGCCAGAGCUGGGACCUAUACUGGAAAUUCCACGUGCAGGUGCCGAGCGAGACCGAGUUUCUGGAAAUGGUGGACCAGAAGACGGGGGUCAUGUUCUGGCUGCUGAUGCGGCUGAUGCUACUACACAGUCCGGCCGUUGGAGGGCAGGAGUCAGCGACAGGCCCUGCGCUGCAAGUGCUGCAGCGGCUGGCGGCGCCUUUUGGGCGCUUCUUCCAGAUCCGCGACGACUUUAUGAACCUGCACUCGUGCGAUUAUGCCGACCAGAAGGGACCCUGCGAGGACUUGGACGAGGGCAAAAUCUCGUACCCCGUGAUGCGUCUGCUGCACCGCAGACCUGAGUACAAGGACCAGGUCAUGGGCAUGUUCCGCCACCAGGCCACGGUGCGAGCAGCUUCUUCUACCGGCGGGUCGACGGCCAUGUCGAAGGAGACCAAAGACUAUAUUUGCAAUCUCCUGAACAAAUCCAACGUCAUGCAAGAGACGUUAGAUAUGUUAAACGGCUUGGAGGAUGAGCUGAAUGCUAGGAUCGCGGACGCUGAGAGAGAGCUGGGGGAUACAAACGAGGUCCUCAGAGCUGCGAAGUUACUUUUGACGUUUUUUGGCUUCGGCCCGGAUGCCGUUAACCGUCUCCGUCAAACGAACCCGAAGCGUGACCACAGCAAUGAGGCGCGUGUCUCUGUCUGCAUCGCCUCAUCUCACUUCGUGAAUACGCCUGUCCAAAUUACAUGCAGCGACUUUGUUGCGCGCGCGGACUUGAUUGCGCGCGGAGAAUUGAGUGUAAGCGGGUCCCUGAUGGCAGUUCUUGGCAGAGCUAAGGCCAAUCGCGGUGUCCUCUUGAGCAGUAGCGCGCUGUACUUCCCCAAUUGUAACAAGAGCCAUGCCGAGAAAGCGAUCGUCAAGCUGUUGGACAUUAUCAUCAAACCAGCUUGGAUGGACGACGGAGAUCAGCAGUAUGCCAAGGCUCAGCAACUUAAGACGCUUGUCAAGGAAAAAGCCCACCAACGGCGCCGCCAGAGGGCCGUCACUCGCGGCCAAGGCACACUGCAAGACGCCGACCCUCCUAAUGAUGAUCCUGGUCCCAGCCCCGAACGUCUCCCCGGACGCGGACAUAAGUCAAAAAACUCGAAACCGUCAUCAGAUGUGACUGUGACCACUCGGGCUGUUUCGACUGUUCCGAGUGCUGCAGCGUCCACACAAAUCCCGGUGCUACCGUUGACUGCAGAGCACGAGCAAGAAUUUGGCCUCAUCAUGGGCUAUCUCGAUCUCGUCUUUCCGCUCAUAUUUCCCUUCUACCAACCCUCCAUUCUUGAUGGCGGCCGGGGUUGGUUGUUAUCGGUCAUCAGUCUGUCUGACGUGGCUCGUCAGGUUGCGCAGGGUAUCGCUUCCCUUGUGUUCUCAAUUGUGCCGGCCCAGCCUGGCGCGGACACCGGCACGGACGCUAACCCGCUGGUUCCAAUUCCCCAGACAUGUGCCCGGCAUGCGGAGAAUGAAGUACUGAUUUUCGAGAACCUCGCUGCUGUUCACGGGGAUCAUGGUUGGCAGAUGCAUCUUGAGGCUGCCCUCGUGUGGUUCGGCAAGAUGCUUCAGGAACCGGACCCUUAUCAAGUAUCUAAGUGGGGUGCUAUACUAGAAGGUGUUGCUUUAACUGCAUCGUCAGGGUCCGCUCCGGAUCACUUUCCUAGGUGGAACUCCGGUCAGGUUGCACUCCGUUUCCACACUGGUUGUCUUGUUGUCUAUGACAUCGUGGCCAGUACUUCGUUGGCACGCCCGCCGAGAUUGUUGGUACAUUAUGGAUCUUUGUUAUCAUCAUCCUCGGGUGGUUCUCUUUAUCCCUGGGAUCAGCGUAGCCAGGCGGAACUCGAUACUGAUUAUUCGCUCGACCUAACCGAGAUCAACGGUUGUCAAAAUUGGGUCAUGUGCAUUGUAGGCGAGAUCGCAACGCUCAGUGCGUUGAAGUCAGCAUCAUCAUCUGCCUCACAGCGCAGUGUCAAUGACACCAAUAGUCCAGGAGCAGCAGCACCAGUUGCAACAACAACAUUCCCAGCAACGCGGCGAGAACUUGAUCGACGCGGCCAAAUCCUCCAAAGCCGCCUCCGGCGCGGUCUGGUACAUUUAGAUAAUCAGGAGAAAAUCCAGUACCAACGACAGCAGGACGAGGAGACGGCAGAGAAGAGUCAACACUGGUUUUAUCUGGGACGCCCUCAUCGCGAAACAGCCCUCGCUUCAGCUAAGAUCACUCGUCUCUGGGCUUGGGCGGCACUUGCAUAUCUUGGUACUGUCAUGCUCCCCACUGAUCAAGGCGUACAUGAAGCUAUGGUUCUUGAGCCGAUACAGCACUCUACAGACCUACUGGUGGAGAUGACGACUGUACGAACGUCCCCAAUAUCACCAAUGUCUUCAUAUACAUUGCCAUCAUCAUUUCCUAUAACUAUGCCUAUGCUGCGGCUACAAGCCUGGCCGAUUUGCAUCGUCGGCUGUCUAACUCGGAGCGAGACCAACCGGUCUGUGCUGCGCAGCAUCCUACAUGAGAGGAUGGGUAAACUAGCAGAGUUGGGUUCCAUGCCGCGCAUGAUCAAGAUCCUCGACCUUGCCUGGGCAAGACUCCCAGGGUCCACUGCCGCUGCCAAUGAAGAAACAGGCCCCACUGCUACAGAUGGAUCUGCGGCAGCAGCCGGUGCUGAUGGGAGCUGCGCUUCGUCAGCGGGAUCGGCUCAUUCGUCUUCUCUUCCGGCCGAUCGUUCGGCCUCGCUGGUCCUUCUCGAAUGCCUUCAAUCCACGCUCCUUUCUUAA